CUCAUCAAUCAUCCUAUUUAUUGAGCGCUUCCCGUGUGCGGAGCACUGUACUGAGCGCUUGGGAAGGCCGAGCCAUGUCGCGACUGAUCGUGAAGAACCUCCCCAACGGGAUGAAGGAGGAGCGCUUCCGGGAGCUGUUCUCCGCCUUCGGCAGGCUCACCGACUGCAGCCUCAAGUUCACCAAGGAUGGGAAAUUCCGCAAGUUCGGCUUCAUCGGCUUCCGGUCGGAAGAGGAGGCCCAGGCGGCCCGGGACCACUUCAACAGGAGCUUCGUGGACACUGCCAGGAUCACGGUGGAAUUCUGCAAGUCGUUCGGGGAUCCGACCAAGCCCAGAGCCUGGAGCAAGCAUUCCCAGAAGGCCGCACCGCCCGCCGCCCCGCCCCAGAAGCCCCAGGGAGGCGGCGUGGCCCCGGACAGCACCGAGGACAAGAAGAAGAAGCGACAGGCCACCGCUGGAGAGUUGGCCAAGCUCAAGGAGGACGCGGAGUUCCAGGAGUUCCUGAUGGUCCACCAGAAGCGGGGGCAGGUGGCCACGUGGGCCAACGACGCCGAGGACAAGGAGCCCCGGAAGAGGAAGCCCAGGCCGGCCAACGACUACCUCAACUUCGACUCCGACUCGGAGGGCGAAAGCGCGGAGGACAGCGCGGAGGAGGCCGGAAGGGAAGCCGCUGACUCAAAGGCAGCGGUGCAGACGGAGCUGUCCGACAUGGAUUACCUCAGGUCCAAGGUCGUGAGCACCGGCCUGGUGGCGGAGGAGGAGGACGACGAUGACGACGAGAGCUCGGACGGUGACGAGGCCGCGGCCCCCGGCGAUCGGAGGGACCGGGGUUCGGCAGUGAGGGGGCAGUCCCGGAAUGAGGGGCCGGGCCAGGAGCAACAGGAUACCGCCGGAACAAAGGCAGUGGAUCCGGAGAGACCCCCGGAAGGCGGCGUGCCCCCCACCCACACAGUGAAGCUCCGGGGGACCCCCUUCAACGUCUCAGAGCAAAAUGUGCGGGAAUUCCUGGUGCCCGUGAAGCCGGUGGCCAUCCGCAUAGUCAAGAACCAACACGGGAACAAGACGGGUUUUGUCUUUGUGGACUUGAAGAGUGAAGCAGACGUGCAGGCGGCCUUAAAGCGCAACAAGGACUACAUGGGCGGUCGCUACAUCGAGGUUUUCCGGGAGAAGCCACCCGCCGGGCCCGCUGGCCCCCGGAAAGAGCCGGCCAGGCUCUGGCAGGGGAGGAAGCUGAAGGAAGACGAGGAGGAGGAAGACCUGGCGGAUUCCGGGCGCCUCUUCGUCCGGAACCUGCCCUAUUCCAGCACCGAGGAAGACCUGGAGAAGGUCUUCUCGCAGUACGGCCCCCUGUCGGACCUCCACUUCCCCGUGGACAGCCUGACCAAGAGGCCCAAGGGCUUCGCUUUCGUCACGUACGUUUUCCCGGAGCACGCGAUCAAGGCCUACGCCGCUGUUGACGGGCAGGUGUUCCAGGGCCGGAUGCUGCACGUCCUGCCCUCCACCAUCAAGAAGGAAGUCGAGGAGAGCCCCGACACGCCCGGCUCUUCUUCCUACAAGAAGAAGAAAGCGGCCAAGGACAAGGCCAACAGCUCCAGCUCUCACAACUGGAACACGCUGUUCAUGGGGCCCAACGCAGUGGCCGACGCCGUGGCCACCAAAUACAAUGCCACAAAGAGCCAAGUGUUCGACCACGAGACGAAGGGCAGCGUGGCGGUGCGAGUGGCCCUGGGGGAGACGCAGCUGGUCCAGGAGCUGCGCCGGUUCCUGCUGGACCACGGAGUCUGCCUGGACUCCUUCAGCCAGGCGGCCGCGGAGCGGAGCAAGUCGGUGAUCCUGGCGAAGAACCUCCCGGCGGGCACCCGGGUGGCGGAGCUGGAGGAGAUCUUCGGCCGCUUCGGCGGGCUGGGCCGCGUCCUGCUGCCCGACGGGGGCAUCACCGCCAUCGUGGAGUUCCUGGAGCCGGCCCAGGCUCGCAGGGCCUUCACCCACCUGGCCUAUUCCAAGUUUCACCACGUCCCCCUGUACCUGGAAUGGGCCCCCAUGGGCGUCUUCGCCAGCCCGGACCCCCAGAAGAAAGCGGCCCCGGAGGGUCCGGCCGAGGAGGAGAGCGCCCGGGCCGAGGCGGGACCCGGCCGGGAGACCGAGGAACCAGAUGGUCUCCCUGGGGAGGAGGCGGAGGAGGAGGAGGAGGAGCCGGAGAAGAAGGAGGAGCCAGAAAAGAAGGAGGAGGAGGAGGAAGAGGAGGAGGACGAGGAAGAGGACGAGAAUCUCCCAGGGUGCACCCUCUUCAUCAAAAACCUCAACUUCUCCACGACGGAAGAAACUCUGAGAGAAGCCUUUUCCAAAGCGGGAGCUGUGAGGAGGUGUUCCAUUUCCAAGAAGACGGACAGAGCAGGGACGCGACAUUCCCUGGGCUUCGGCUUCGUGGAAUACCGGAAACCCGAGCAGGCCCAGAAAGCCCUCCGGCAGCUGCAGGGCUGCCUGGUGGACGGACACAAGGUGGAGGUGAAGGUUUCGGAGCGGGCCAUCAAGACGGCCGUGACCUCUGCCCGCAAGAAGCAGAAAGCCACGAAGCAGAAAACGGCCAAGAUCCUCGUCCGCAAUAUCCCCUUCCAGGCGACCGUCCGGGAAAUCCGGGAGCUGUUCAGCACUUUCGGUGAGCUGAAGACCGUCCGCCUGCCAAAGAAAAUGAGCGGGACGGGUCCACACCGAGGGUUUGGCUUCGUGGAUUUCGUAACCAAGCAGGACGCUAAGAAAGCGUUCACCGCCUUGUGCCACAGCACCCACCUGUACGGGCGCCGGCUCGUGUUGGAGUGGGCAGACACCGACGAGUCCGUGGCCGCUCUGAGGAGGAAGACGGCCGAGCACUUUUAUGACGCCCCAGCCAAGAAGAAGCAGCGGCCGCAGGCCCUGGAUGACUUCCUGGAAAAGAUGGACAAGGAGGACAGCGACGUCGAACUGUAGUGC